AUGGAAGGCUGGGUCAAUGAGCCAGGUCUCAGCAAGUCCUUCAAACAGCAUGCUAUGCAAAAAAUGUUAGCACUAUCUUCCGACGGUGCAGCUGUCAUGAGCGGUCAUGUUCAGGGAGUGUUUGCCAAACUAAAAGACAUAAUUGCUGAGGAGACCAAAGAUGAUCUUUAUCCUAGAAACAAUCUCAUAAUCUCAGUUUGUAUGGCCCACAAAUUGAAUCUGGCUGUGAAAGCCCAGAAAGGUCCACUAUUCAAACUUGCACAAGCCAUUGUCAUGGACUUGUACCAUCUCUUUGGAUCUACUGUGAGAACAACCGGCAGAAGCGUGUACAAGAAAGCUGCGCAAAAAAUGUGCUUCCCAGAUUUGCAGAUGAGCGCUCUUUUCACAGUGAGAUGGUCGGCUAGUUUUGCCAAUUCACUCUCCAAUAUACUUCGCGUUUACCCUGUGCUUCUGGAGGCACUGGCGGAUAUACGAGAUAACAAACGUCUUAGCAACAGCCUCAUAAAAAGAGCUACUUCGACAUUUCAUGUGCUUUCGGAUGCGAGGACAUACAUAGCUCUACAUCACGUCAACACUACUAUGCAUGGGCUUUCUGUAUUGUCGCAGUAUAUGCAGCGCGAAGAAGGGCUACUUAUUGACAAUCUACAAAAAUGGAGAGCUCUUGUCUACAGCAUAGCAAAACGUGAUUUCCUAGAAAAAACGACAAGAAACUUACUUGAGCGAGGAACCAUCAAGGGCUAUGUUAAUGACAAAAUAGAACGUAUCGAUACGGACUUCCUCAACAAUUAUCCUAACAAAGAUGACAGACGCCUUUUAGCGUACAAUCCUCGUGCGUUCGCAGAUUUUUCACUCGACCGCUGCUCAGAAGGCGAUGACGAAGAGCGACAACGACUUCUGGACUGGCAUUUAUUCAGAGACUUCACUCGCACCACAUCCUACGAAGAAAGCCCACCGGAUCUAGACGAUCCCGAACUCACCUUUAGCCUUGAGGAUGCUCCAGAAAGUAGUGAAGGUGACUUAAGGCACUAUAGUUUAGCAAAACGAUAUGAAGAUUUCGACUGGAACAAUGCUGUAUAUUCUUCCAUUACACGUUUCUACGACGAAAUGAAGCGAGCAUUAGAUGUCCAGCUCGUAAAUAAGCCUCAUGAGUUCAAUAGUAUUGGUCUACUAGCAUUGGAUAAGCACAUUAUACUAGAUGUGAUUGAAUUCAACGGAGAUUUCGAAAACGGAUUUGUUGACUAUGUACCGACAAAUGCAAACUUCUUUAAUAGAGGAUGCCCCAGCUAUUUCAUUAUGGAAGGCGACAUACUUGAUCCAAAUCUUCGUCAACAGCAAAUUUUGGAUUCCAUUGAAGUACUUAGUCAGUUCUGUAACAUCCCUGACCUCAAGGAUAGCAUGAUUCGCUUCUAUAAUACUAUACCUGCGUCAGUGCACAGGUUUGCAAAGUGGAAAUCAAACUUCAGAGAACAUUCAGAUAGUUUGUCGUUUUAUCGAACGCUGUUACAGUACAGUAAGGAUCUGGAUGUCCCGGAUGACGUCCAGCAGGCCAUAAAAUGCGUUCUCAUCCUCCCAGCAAGCAACGCCGACCCCGAGCGCAGUUUCUCUGCUGCUAACAGGCUCUCUAGAGAGGAAAGGAGUAACAUAAAGACGGAAUCUCUAGACAACAUCAUGACGGUGCAGCGUAAUGGGCCUAGCAUCCUAACAGUCAAACUUCAACAGUUAGCACUCCAAUGGAUGCAUCCUGCAACGGGACUUGGGCUGGAUCCGGGUAUGCCAUCGAAUCUAGCUAGAGAAGGCAGCCUCAUGAAAGCAGUAAAAGAAAACAUUGCAAAAGGAGAUGCAUAUGAGUUGGCCAAGCUCCAUGUAAGGCGCCACAUGGUGGUCCACGGUCUAAAUGCACGAAAGGACACGGAGGAAAUCAAAAACCGGCUUUUGCAAGAAGAACUUGCUAAGAUGAACAUUUUUUCAAUCGGAUCUUCUCAGAAAACAGACUGA